UCCGUUUCCCAGCCUCAUUUGCUGUGGUGCGAUCAGUCGACCAAUGAAACUGUCCUGUGGAGACACCUUCCUAUUUCGUGGUGUCAAGUUGAAGAGAGCGUCACUUGAAUUACUGUCACAAAACACAGUGAGGCCAGAGACUAGAAGACAGCUUCUGGAAAUGGCUCAAGAAGACCAGAGCGAGACAUCACAACAAACAGCCACCAGUGACGAGGAGAAGGGGCCAGCCAAACAGGCUUCCCCCUCUGUCAUUGAGAUUCAUGACUCCACGACCGAAUGCGAGGAGGAAGCGAGGCCCGGUCAAGUGCAGAUGGAAGAGAAGGCAUUCGUAUCACGUUUGCACUCUUUCAUGAAGGACAAAGGUACACCUAUAGAAAGGAUCCCACAUCUGGGCUUUAAACAGAUUAACCUUUGGGGGAUCUACAAAGCUGUUGACAAACUUGGGGGCUAUGAUUCAGUGACAGCGCGGCGUCUUUGGAAGAAAGUGUAUGAUGAGCUGGGAGGAAGUCCAGGUAGCACCAGCGCUGCUACUUGCACUCGCAGACACUAUGAGAGGCUGGUUCUUCCCUUUGAGAGGCACAUAAAAGGAGAGGACGACAAGCCCCUGCCUCCGAGCAAACCGCGGAAGCCGUACAAGAGAAAUUUGGAUGGCAAAGUGAGCAAGGCUGAGGGGAAGAGAAAGAGGACUCACUCAGAACGAGACAUCGAUCCUGAGCUUCUCACCCAAAGAAGUCCAGAAGCCGCCUGCCAAAGUGAAGUGAUGCAUUCUCACUCUGCCCUCUGGGCUGCCACAUCCGACAGACAUCACCCGGACUGCUCUCAGCCUAACAGAUCCACCGCCGACCUCUGCACUUACCUUCUCCCGGUCACCACCUCCAGAUCCUGGAUUACUGCUAUACCCCCUGCAGCUGGAGAGGUCAUCUCUCCUCUGGAGAAAAAGAAACGGAUGGCCCAGGCUAGCCUCAACUUGCCAAAAAGUCCUCAGGGUGACGAUAAAGAAAGGCCUUCUGUCAUCCACUGCUCGCAGUCUCCAGCCCGGGCUUCUUCCAGCAGGAACUGCAACUCCUCCGAUGGCUCCCCGCUCCCUUUAUCCUCCUCCUCCUCCCGCAGCCCUUCCCCGUGCUCUGUUUCUUCAGAGGACGGAGCAGCAGGGACUGCAGAUAAACCCGCGUCAAGCUCAAAACUGCCCCAAAACUGUUCUAGUGCCGUCAAAAAUGCACCCAACUGUAGUGAGGACAGUAAGCCUGUGAACAGCAGUCAGACGCCCAAAGACCCUACAGGACAGAAUAAGGAUGUUUCCCACAUCAGUUCCCAAACACUGACCGCUGACUCAACAAAAAGCCAAGUUAAGGACUCAGCCUGGAAGCCGUACCACAAAGAGACUGGCAGAUAUUAUACCCCCCCUAUCCCCCCAUACUCCAACAUCCCUGUGAAGCCUACCUGGGCUCCAACGUCUACCUCAAGUUUCACCAAAGUUUAUCCAAAAUCCGUGCAGCUGCUGCGACCAGCUCCUAUUCGACCAAGUUAUAAGGUGCACCACAGCAGGCUGCUUCAGCAGGACGACUCUCUGGCUUGUGGGAAGAAGCUGAACGUGACGCCAUGGCCGUAUCAGACGGAGAAGAGGGAGAAAUCCAGGACAAUGCUGCAAAAGGCGCCUCCUGCUCAGCAGAGUCUGUCUCAUUCAACUACCACCUUGCCAGUGUCAUUCGUUCUGCCGAGCUGUGACAAAACAGGGAGAGACUCUCGGCACCAACCUCCAUUGCACCCCGCUUUCCUCCCCAACAGAAUGAGACUACCUCAAUCGCAGCUAAUGUACCGCCAUGUACUACCAAUGGGUCCGGCACACCCUGCUCUCAUUGGGCCUGCUGUUUACCCAUAUCCCUACACCAUCCCCCUGUUAAACCCACAAACUGGAUAUGCCCUGCCUGCCAUGAAUCCAAUUUAUUCCCACAAGCUGUGAUUCUUUAUACGUCAUACCUAGACCUUUAGGUUGAACAAGACAGACAGUGAGUUUGCUGACACGGUUUUCUAUUGCUCAGUGAGAUUUCCGAGGCCUAUUUUGUCUUUUAAAAACAGCCAACGUGAACGCAGUAGUGCUUAUGGUUAACUCAGAGCCACCCUACACUGGGAAACUGCACUUAGCUGACUGACCGCGUGGAUCGCGGUCCAAAGCAAAACAAAUACGUUAAGUCCGAGCAGUGAUAGUUAGGGAUAUUUAUGAGAUUACAGCGAAACAUGGUGAGUUGUCCAAAUGCAUCAGAUGGGUACAUUAUCUUGAAAGUAUGUCGUAUUUCUUUUGCUGCUAUACAAGUGCCAACGUCUCUGUAUGUCCCUGUAUGAUGUAAACUGAUAUAAAUUACAUUUCCAUUUCAUCAUGUUUUUUUUGUUAGUAGAAGGGAGUGACCAUAAAUAAUUACCUGUGAAGAAAAGAACUCAGAAAACUUUAAUGACAGUGACUGUGGAAUAUUAAGCCAAAGGCUGAGAGUUAAAAAAUUAGUUUUACGACUGUUGUUCUCAAAAGGACAAUUUCUGUACUUUGUUUUUUUGAAGAACAAAUGAAACUAAAUACAAGCUCUCCACUGUUUUCUAUUGUACUGUACUGGAAAGUCUGUCGAACAUGUAACUGUACAAAUACUGUAUUUACUCUUUACUUGUUACUGUAUAUAUUUUUAAACUUUGUAGAUGGCAUUGUCAUUAUAUUUAAUGGGAAAGUCAAAGCCAUAUUAACAAAUAAACAUAAAAAUACUCAAA